CCGCUCCCGGUGCGGCAGGCGCGGCGCCCGGCGGGGAUGUCCCGCAAGCAGGCGGCCAAGGCCCGGCCCGCUGCCGGCGCCAGGAAGGGUCGGCGGCCCCGGCAUCCCCCCACCGGACCGGCCCCGGGCCCCGCUUCAGGCGACAGCGGCGGCCUCGCCGGGCAGCUCCGGGCUCUCGGCCUCAAGCUGCGGGAGGUGCCGGGAGAUGGCAACUGCUUGUUCCGGGCCCUGGGGGACCAGCUGGAGGGGCACUCCCGGAACCACCUGCGGCACCGCCAAGAGACGGUGGAGUACAUGGUGAGGCAGCGCGGGGACUUCGAGCCCUUCGUGGAGGAUGAUGUGCCCUUUGACAAGCAUGUUGCCAAUUUGGCCAAGCCUGGUACUUUUGCUGGCAACGAUGCUAUCGUGGCCUUUGCAAGGAACAAUCAGAUGAAUGUGGUUAUUCAUCAGCUCAACGCUCCGCUGUGGCAGAUUCGGGGCACGGACAGGAGCGACGCGCGGGAGCUGCACAUCGCCUACCGGUACGGGGAGCACUACGACAGCGUCAGGAGGAUCAGUGACGACUCGGAAGCCCCGGCCUAUCUUCGGAUGGAGAUGCUUUGCAAGAACGAUUCAAACAAGGCAGAGGAAGUGAAGUCACAGAAGGGCGACUCCGAAGAUGAGACUGAAGUGGAGGUGGAAGAUGCUGUACAAAAAGUGUGCAGUGCAACUGGGUGUUCAGACAUUGAUUUAGUGAGCCACGUUCUGGAAGUGGAGGACUACAACGUGGAAUCUGCAAUAUUUGCCAUCUUGCAAAUGAAGGAAGGGGAAGGAAUAGGUACCGAGGAGCAGCAGGAGCCCCCGGGCAGCGAGCAGAAAUCCUGCAGCAGAGCACUGUGGGAGGAGAACGGAAGUGGUUCAAGAAUCUUCGGAAAUCAGAGCUUGCAUCAAGGUGAACCAAAAAACGACAAGGGACGGGCUGGAUCCAGGGAAGAGAACCGAGCCAGCAGAAACCCAAAGGGAGCCAAGAAACAAAGGAAGGAGCAGCAGCGGCUGGAGAAGAAGAAGCGGCAGGAGGAGAGGCACCGGCAGAAGGUCCUGGCCACCAAGAGGGACAGUGCAGACAACAGGACAGAGACAGACCCGGGCAACCACGUCACCCUGGUGAAGGCCAUGGCAGCCCUAAACAUAUGACUCAGUGCUCUGCUGAGAAAAGUCAAUAAAACUGAUGAAGACAAAAUUCCCCCCAGGAGAAUUUCCAGGCACCCAUUGUUAUCUUAAAAUCUGUCUCUGCCAGGAUUUCCAAGCACGAGAGAACUUCCUGUUCCUUUGCUUGUGGGGAGGACAAUUGCUCACUGAUUCUGCAUCAGCCUGUGGUGAGAAGAGUUUGAACUUAGCAGGAAGUAGAGACUUGGGCCUAUAAUCUUGGAGUUAGAUGAAGUUGAGAACCUUUUCUUCACACAAAGGUGUCAGAUUUGUUUGACAUCUCUUGAUGUGCCUGGAUUUUUUUGUUUGUGUGUGUGGUUUUUUUUUUUUUUUUUUUUUUAAAUUUGAUUAUGCUUGGAGGAGCUUUAUUUUACCUUGCUGUCAGGGAAAGCUUAACAAAUCUCAACUCAGGAAUAUCCCUGGUGGGUCUUUUUCUAUUUAAAUUCAAACAAAGUAAGGGAACAGAGUCCCAGAAUCCUUUCCAAAGCAAAGUGUGUCAGGCAGCACUGUCUCAAACAUGACAUUCCUCUUCUCUUUGCCAUGCAGGAGUGCGGUGACAAGUUUUAAUCUCACUAGAACUGCUAGCUUUGCACUGGGCUGGCUCAGAAGUGAUUAAUACAUGGAGGGAGAUUGGGAUUGCUGCAUCCAUGAGGUUUGGGAUCAGCUCCUGAGACCUGUAGGGGGAAAAAAAACCCACCUGCAACAACAAUCCUAGUGGACUCAUGAGACUGCAGAGCCAGUUCUUCUGAUCUGGUAAAAUGUGACAGGAACGGGCAUGAGAUUCCUGGUGAGUGUUGUUACUUGGACACCUGGAAUCUUGUCCCCUUUGCCACGUUCCAGAGGUUUUGGGCUACUCCAGGGCUUUAGUCCAAGCCAGGAGCUUGAUAGGUGUUAGUCUCCAAAUGAAAUUAGUGCGGCCAAAGGACCAGGAGUCCUGGGAACAAGCUUCCAAGCAGCAGUGAUCCCUGGGAAACCUGCCUAUUUCACCUCAUAAAUCAAGCUUUUUUUCCAGGGUAGGAUUUUUUUUUCAUCUUAAAUGCCAUUUUGGUGAGGUCACCAAGUAGGAUGUACAGCUUGACUCCUGGGAUAUUUUCCACUGUAGGACUGAGAAUUUGGAUCGAGGUGAAAGGACUGUGGGACUCAGCCUCUGAUUUAUGGCUCACGGUGUUUCAGCUCCACUCAGGUUUUUGGGCUUGUAACAAGCACUAACCUUGAAGAAAGCACAUGUGCACUUACACACAGGAGACACCUCAUCAGCCAGGGCAGAAGUGAAAGGGAUCUUCUGAAAGUAAGGAGUGUUGCAUUUGAAAAAUUUCUGUCUGUGCUUUGAAGUUCAUGAAUCAGCAUGGAAAUAGAAAUGUUUUGUUUUUUUUUUACUGAACUGCCAAGAACUGAUCUGGUACUUGGUGUGCUCUGCUGCUGUUACUUGAAGAAUAAAAAGAAAGGGGCUCUCCUGGAAGAA